AUGAUGGUCGUGGCGACCUCCGCCCAGCUCUUCGACGUGCCCGCCGAUGCCGACCAGGGCGCCCCGUGCCCGGGCCUCUACCCGCGUGUCAUCUGCGCCGACUGCCAGCUCGGCUGUUCCUAUUGUGGCGCCUACACCGGCACCUAUGACCAGUGCGUGGGCUUCUGCCACCCCACUUGGGGCUGGGCGCCCAACACCCAAGUGAAGAUCACCUAUUUCCCCUACGCAUGGCAAGCCUGCGCUGAACCGUGGACCGUGCCCGCAGGCCCGAACUCGAGCGGAGGCUGCAUCUGCUCCGGCUACACUUGCUUCCCCACCAACGCGUGA